AUGCAAGUUUCAGAUAACUGCGUUGAGACCACAAGCUUGAACCCCCAAGCAAUUCCCUUGUUGCCAGGAAAAGAGACAAUGCAACGAGAUGUCAGCACCUCGUCCCAAGCCUACAUUUUGCAUUUGACAUCGCAGACCGGGAUGAUGCCACGUCAAUUCAACCUAGGCAUGGUCGUUCACUCGGACUUCAGUGAGAAAAGACUUGUAUCCUCUCUAGCCAAGCCAGGCUCCGUCUGUUCUCUCUCUGAUUUCGUGGUUCUAGAUCACCCAAGUUCAAGUGAUGCGACCGAUGUCGUCGAGUCAUCCUUGCGGAAAGGUAUAUUGAAGGAUCACCAAGCCACCAAAAUCCGAUUAGGAGAUGCAGGUUUCGAAGAAGUGUUGAAAUCAGACGUUGAUGCUGUCUAUAUUUACGUCUCUGCAGAGUUGCAGAAGGAUUUUGUCAUGAGGGCAUUGAAGGCCAGAAAACACGUUUUACUGAAUGAUCCUGUUUCAACCUCACUGAGCGACUUCAAGGAACAGCAAGAGUGUGCAAAACAGAACGGGAAAUUCAUACAAUUUCGAACCAUGUUUUUUCAUCAGUUUAGCGUUCGAAAAUUCUUUGAGAGGGUUCUUUGCGAUGAACGGUUUGGACAAAUCACGACCAUUAACUGCAAUGUCCGUGUGUGCUACACGGAUGUUAAAAAAGUGGGGGUUAAGUUACCUCUUGGGAAAAAUGAUGGAGCCAUUCGAAUUAUGGGUCGCUUUUGCAUAUUGGUCAGUGCUCUCGUUUUUUCGAGGGUGGGAAUUUUUGCUCAUUCCGCAAAAGCAAUAAGUGCAGAGUAUGGAAGUGAAGGUCAAAUUACUUCCACUCGAUGCAUUGUCAAAUUCACAAAUGGGUGUGUGCUGGAGUUUGAUGUGGGAUACACCAAUUUUGCAACGCGACAGUCGAUAGACAUCUUGGCAGAGAAUAGAUUCGCUCAGAUGAAGGAUUUUAUCAUUCAGCAUCCAGAUGGGUUGGCGACAUAUCGCGUGUAUGAUAGAGUACCUGCCGCUUCGGGUACCAUGGAGAUUAUAAAUGGCGAAGCAAUUGACGUGUAUGGUGGACCAAAGGAAGAAACGAUCAUGUGGAGACGAUUUGCCCAACUGAGUCAAUCUCUUGACGAUCAAGGUGGCUGGGACCAAAGUGAUCGAACUGCGGAGUGCAGAGAGCUUGCAAAUGUUGCUCUGCAAACAAAGAGAAUCAUCAUUGCUCUCGGAAAGAGCUUGGACAAUUCGUUUGAAGAAGUCAUUAUUGACGACAUUGAUUACGAAUAG